AUGGAUCGACGGCCUGUCUACAUGACGGGUUCAAGUUAUCUGCGGAAACCUGAUCAGGGUCCACUCAUCGACAUGGGCCAGUGGGCCGCGAUGACGAUGACCAUCGUCAGCCGAAGAAGUUUGCUCUCGACAAUGAUCACCAACUUAUUUGCAAAGGCCGCAGCCACGGGGGGUAACCAGUCCCAGGACGGGGCUGGCCCCGUGGUGGACAGCUUGCUUGGAGCACGGACUUCGGUCCCCCCAACAGGCCAUAGAGAUAUGGAUGUGGGGCUCCUAGUCAUCGGAGAUGUACAAGACUCGCCAGCUACCCCCAAAACACCGAACAAAAGUAGAGGCGAGAGGCCCCAAGUCAGCCCUACGCGAGACCAUGGUAAAAGCGAAGCAAUGCAUUUGCCGUAUGAUUCUUUCUACCCUGAAGACCAGGAAAAUUGGGAUUGGGGGGUCAUGAUCCCCAGCAAGCCACGUCCGCGAUCCAAAUACGCUGAAUCGUUGCGUCCUGAUUGGAUGAAGCGAGAUGUCAAUGAGGCACAGGUGAGUAAGUCAAUCGUUGAAGAUGUGGCGAAUGACGAAGAAGAAUUUUUCGACUGGUCCUCUUCACCACCAAGACCUGGAAGACGAGAGGCAGAGGAGGGACUGGAGAAAGAGAAUAUUGAAAGUGAGCUGCUGGACACGGAUGAGUUUCCCCUACGUCGUCCCAAUGAAUCCCAUGAGAAAUAUGUCUAUCGAGUGCUUAACCUAGAACUGGACGAUGUCGAGGCAUAA